UGGCAGACGGACAGACAGACAGACUGGCUUCUUGUCCGAGCGUCUGUCGGCGUCGCUGUCUGAGGCGAUGUGGCUCUCUGUGAGUUUCGCUCUCCGCAGGCUGGGCGUGUAUGUCAGCUCUGUUUUUAUGCUGCUGCUGCUGCUGGUCCAGUUCUGUGCGCUGAACCUGCUGUCCGUGCUGAGCCCCGCUCUGGCCCGGAGGAUCAUGCUCCGGCUGGGGGAGCGGAGCACCAUGAGCCUCAACCCGCGCUUCCGCUACGAGGACUGGGCUCCGUCCUUCACCACACCGCGCUUCCUGGAUGCCGUUCUGCGGGGCUGCUGGAGCUGUUUUGGGGAUUCCGCUUUUGUGGGCCAUCGGGCUCCGGACUGCCCCUUAAUCACCCUGGAGGGGGGCAGGACCAGCGUCCAUCAGUUUAUCCGUGGUAAUCGUCCACUCGUCCUGAGCUUCGGAAGCUGCACCUGACCACCGUUUCUUUUCAAACUUGACGAGUUCAAGCAGCUUGUCAGGGACUUUGGUGAUGUGGCCGAUUUCCUCGUGAUCUACAUCGCUGAAGCGCACGCCACAGACGGCUGGGCCUUUGCCAACAAUGUGGACAUCAACCAGCACAGGAGCCUGCAGGAGAGACUGACCGCAGCAAAGUCCCUGAUUAAAGAAAACCCGCUGUGUCCUGUGGUAGUGGACGAGAUGAGUGACGUCACAGCCAGCCGCUACGGAGCUCUGCCUGAGCGACUGUACGUUCUUCAGGGGGGAAAGGUCAUCUACAAGGGAGGCAAGGGUCCUUGGGGCUACAGUCCAGAGGAAGUACGGAAGGUGCUGCAGAAGAUGAACUAGGAUGUGAGAUAUGAGUAGAUGAGAGAGAGCUAUCUUGGCUUUGCUGCUCUCUUUUUUUUUUUUUCUUUUUCUUUUAUUAUUGCUGUUGUCGGAAUAAAACUUCAUAUCUCAGAAAUGGUAACUUUUACAGGAGAAGGAAAAAACAUACUUGAUUUUUAGUGUAAGUCAAUGGAACCAGACUUUUUCCAAGUCAUGAAAUUUACAUGCAAUGUAUAGAGCAAAAGGUAUUUUCAAAUCAUGUCAAAAACUGAAAAACAACAAAAAUGGAGAUAAGAGGUUUUGUUCCAACAGCAGCGAUAUGUUUCAGCAGAUUUAACUGGUUCUUAAAAUAUGCCAGUCACACUACAUUAAGAUUCAUUUAAUUCAAGCAGUUUUUACAGAUAACUAUCCAGCAGUUCUGAGAUUCGGAUGCUAUUUCUGUCACAUGAUUACAAUUAUUACAUUAAUCCAUGCUCUGAUAAAUAGCAACAGCUGGUUAUGGUUGUAUAUUUGCUCACUUCACUUACUUCUCAAGUAUUAUCACCACUAAGAAUGUGCUGUAAUGUUUUGGCUCAUUUUGUAGUUGUGUUUGUUUGUGAUGAUUGCAGAUAAAACCAUUAGGGCUCUGUAGUCUGAUAAGGAAAUACACAAACCCUAAAUGAUUGAAUGACAUUCAGCAUCUUUCUUUGAUCAAAACUGAUAUUCACAGAUGGAGGAGUUGACUGUGGUACGUAUGAACAGCCAGAGUGACCUUAGAGGGAUUCUUUCACAACAUACAGUUUUAUUAGCCUGAGCCAAUCAUUAAAUGACGAGGUAAAGGACUUAGAGUGGACAGUAUUCACCUGUGGCCUUAAUUUGUAUGUUUAUAGAUGUCUGUGUACCUUGUGUCCCAAAGCCGCAUGAGAUAAAAGUAUAUGAGCUCAAAAGGAAAACAGGUUAGUAAACAGCAAUAAUAGUUUAUUACAGUGUUGAUCACGUCAAAUCAUAAACUGUAGUCAAUUUGUGGUUAUUGGUUUGUUAUCAAGGAACAUUUAUUUAUGCAAUCUCUAUACUUGGAAACAUGUUGUUAUAUUUUUAUAGAAUUUAUACCCUCCUUAUCUGAAUCACAUUUUGAUAUAUGGACGUUUAUUUCUGCAUUAAAUAGUAUUUCGCACCACUUUUCUCUGCAGUAAUCGUGCAGUAAAGACAGCAGUGGCUGUCUGUGCUUCUGUCGUCUUGUAAAACUCAGCCUUCUACUGUAUAUGAAGUUUACAGUGGAAACCUGUGGCAGCUGUAAAACUGAUGUUUAUGUAGAUGGUUGUGUACAAGAUCAGCGUAGCACAGAUGAGACACAGAAGUCUUGAUAUCUUAUUCUGAAUAAAGCAUUCAAAAUUUUGA